UUCCAAUUGCACUGAUGGUGUUUCUGUAUGAUGGGAGCUGCUCGUUUCUCUUGGGCUUAACUUUGUAGAUGAAUGCAAAUGAGGGACGCCGAGAGCCAACGGUGGAAGAAAAUUCCUGAUCCAAACCUGUGGAGGAAUAAGAAGAGCUCCAGUGAGAAAAGAAAUGGGGCAAAUGCCAUAGGAUGACCGCUGCUGGUCCCCUCUUACUGGCUGUGAUAUCGUCUGUCCUGUGGCUCACGCGGGGCUUUGACCCGGCUCCCAGCGCCUGCUCCGCUCUGGCCUCCGGCGUCCUCUACGGCUCCUUCUCUCUCAAGGACCUCUUCCCCACCAUCUCCUCCGGCUGCUCCUGGACCCUGGAGAACCCCGACCCCACCAAGUACUCUCUGUACCUCCGCUUCAACCGUGAGGAGCAGGUGUGCACCCACUUCUCGCCCAUGGUGCUGCCGCUCGACCACUACUUGGCCAACUACACCUGCGAGCCGCGCACGGAGCCCGCCAGCCCCCCGCCCUCCCCACACCCCGAGGAGGAGGAGGAGGAGGAGGAGGAGGGCGAGGAAGCCGAACUGGAGCUGUGCGAGGCCGCGGGGCCCUUCACCUUCCUGCACUUUGACAAGAACUUUGUGCAGCUGUGCCUGGCGGCGGAACCCGAGGCUGCCCCGCGUCUGCUGGCCCCGCAAGCGCUGGAGUUCCGCUUCGUGGAGGUGCUGCUCAUCAACAACAACAACUCCAGCCAGUUCACAUGCAGCGUGCUGUGCCGCUGGCUGGAGGAGUGCCUGCAAGCCCCCGGCGCCCGGCGCUGCGGCCUCACCCACGCAGGUUGCAGCUGCCAAGCAGAGAGCCCCCCGGCACCGCGGCACAACGGCACACGGCUCCCCACCACCCGCACGCCUGCCCCGCCGCCCGCUGCCACCCCCCAGUGCUGCCCCCAACCUGAGCUGCAUUCUGCCAGUGGCAAUGAGUUCGAGCUGCCCGAGGUCCCCCACGGCAAUGCUGUUGAGGAGAACCAGAAGGUGAAGACGCAGUGGCCCCGGUCGGCGGAUGAGCCAGGGGUGUACAUGGCCCAGACAGGGGACCCCGCGGCGGAGGAGUGGUCGCAGUGGAGCGUCUGCUCACUGACGUGUGGGCAGGGCUCCCAGGUGCGGACGCGCUCCUGUGUCUCCUCUCCAUACGGGACGCUGUGCAGUGGGCUGCUGAGGGAGACACGCACCUGCAACAACACGGCCACCUGCCCAGUUCACGGUGCCUGGGAGGACUGGUCCCCGUGGAGCCUGUGCUCGGUGACCUGCGGGCGAGGGGCCAGGACCAGGACGCGGCGGUGCGUGGCCCCGCAGCACGGAGGGAAAGCCUGCGAGGGCCCCGAGCUGCAGGCCAAGCCCUGCAGUAUCGCGACCUGCCUGGUGGAAGGGCAGUGGUUGGAGUGGGGCGCCUGGAGCCGCUGCUCCGUCACCUGCGCCAACGGCACCCAGCAGCGCACGCGCAAGUGCAGCGUCUCAGCCCACGGCUGGGCGGAGUGCCGGGGAGCCCACGCCGAUGCCCGCGAGUGCUCCAACCCCAUGUGUCCCACCGACAGCAAGUGGGGCCCCUGGAACCACUGGAGCCUCUGCUCCAAGACGUGCGACACGGGUUGGCAGCGCCGCUUCCGCAUGUGCGAGGGCACCGGUGUGCAGGGCUACCCCUGCGAGGGCACGGGCGAGGAGGUGAAGACCUGCAAUGAGAAGAAGUGCCCAGCCUACCACGAGAUGUGCAAGGACGAGUACGUCAUGCUGAUGACCUGGAAGAAAACCGCAGCGGGGGACGUCAUCUACAACAAGUGUCCUCCCAAUGCCACAGGGUCCGCCAGCCGCCGGUGCCUGCUGAACCCCCACGGGGUUGCAUACUGGGGUGUGCCCAGCUUCGCCCGCUGCAUCUCCCACGAGUAUCGAUACUUGCAUCUCUCACUGCGGGAGCACCUGGCCAAGGGGCAGCGAGUGCUGGCGGGUGAGGGCAUGUCGCAGGUGGUGCGCAGCCUGCUGGAGCUGAUGGCCCGCAAGACCUACUACAGCGGGGACCUGCUCUUCUCCGUCGAGAUCCUGCGCAACGUCACCGACACCUUCAAGAGAGCCACCUACAUCCCGUCCUCUGAGGAUGUGCAGCGCUUCUUCCAGGUGGUGAGCUACAUGGUUGAUGCAGAGAACAGGGACAAGUGGGAGGACGCACAGCAGGUCUCUCCCGGCUCUGUGCACCUGAUGAAGGUGGUGGAGGACUUCAUCCACCUGGUGGGGGAUGCACUGAAGGCGUUCCAAAGCUCGCUCAUUGUCACCGACAACCUGGUGAUCAGCAUCCAGCGUGAGCCCGUCUCUGCCGUGUCCAGCGACAUCAACUUCCCCAUGAAGGGCCGUCGGGGCAUGAAGGACUGGGCACGCAGCUCUGAGGACAAACUCUUCAUCCCCAGGGAGGUGCUGAGCCUCGCCUCUGCCGAGCUGGAUGAGUCGUCCCACUUUGUCAUCGGGGCCGUGCUGUACCGCACGCUGGGACUCAUCCUGCCGCCCCCCAGGACCCCGCUGGCCGUCACCUCCAAAGUGCUGAUGGUGACAGUGCGCCCACCCACCAGGCCCUCUGAGCCCCUUGUGCUGGUGGAGCUCUCCCACAUCAUCAAUGGCACAUCCCACCCGCAGUGCGUCACCUGGGACUACUCGAGGACCGAUGCUGGCUUGGGAAACUGGGACACAGAGAGCUGCCAAACCCUGGAGACCCUCCCGGCGCACACCAAAUGCCAGUGCCGCCGGCUCGCCACCUUCGCCAUCGUCGCACAGCUGCCCAAAGACCUGGCCAUGGACCCCUCGGGCAGCCCGUCGGUGCCGCUGAUGAUCGGCUGUGCUGUGUCCUGCAUGGCCCUGCUGACGCUGCUGGUGAUCUACGCUGCGUUCUGGAGGUUCAUCAAGUCAGAGCGCUCCAUCAUUCUGCUCAACUUCUGCGUCUCCAUCCUGGCCUCCAACGUCCUCAUCCUCGUGGGGCAGACCCAGAUGCUCAGCAAGGGCGUUUGCACCAUGACGGCCGCCUUCCUCCACUUCUUCUUCCUCUCAUCCUUCUGCUGGGUGCUGACGGAGGCCUGGCAGUCCUACCUGGCGGUGAUCGGCCGCAUCCGGACACGCCUGGUCAGGAAGCGCUUCCUGUGCUUGGGAUGGGGUUUGCCAGCACUCGUGGUCGCCGUCUCCGUUGGCUUCACACGGACCAAAGGCUAUGGGACAGCAAACUACUGCUGGCUCUCACUGGAGGGCGGUCUGCUCUACGCCUUCGUGGGACCCGCAGCCGUCAUUGUGCUGGUGAACAUGCUGGUGGGCAUCAUUGUCUUCAACAAGCUCAUGUCCCGCGACGGCAUUUCAGAUAAGUCCAAAAAGCAGCGAGCUGGGUAAGUGCCCUGCGCCUGGCGGGACUGUGCGGGCCUGCUGCUGAAAUGCACCAAGUGCGGCGUGGUGUCCAGCGCGGCCAUGACCUCCGCCACCGCCAGCAGCGCCAUGGCAUCGCUGUGGAGCUCCUGCGUGGUCCUUCCCCUGCUGGCGCUGACCUGGAUGUCGGCCGUGCUCGCCAUGACCGACCGGCGCUCCAUCCUCUUCCAGGUCCUCUUCGCCGUCUUCAACUCCGUCCAGGGCUUCGUCAUCAUCACUGUGCAUGGCUUCCUGCGCCGAGAGGUCCAGGACGUGGUGAAGUGUCAGAUAGGGGUGUGCAGGAGCGAGGAGAAUGAAAACUCGCCCGACUCCUGCAAGAAUGGGCAGGUGCAGAUCCUGACAGAUUUUGAAAAGGACGUUGACCUGGCAUGUCAGACAGUGCUCUUCAAGGAGGUGAACACCUGCAACCCUGCCACCAUCACUGGCACUUUGUCGCGCAUUUCGCUGGAUGGCGACGAAGACCCCAAGCUCAACACCAGCUCCGAGGGCAAUUUGGGCUUCUCCAGCCUGCCGGGCAACAUCCCCACUGCCAGCAUCCUGGUGCAGGUGCCCAAGAUGACACCCAAUGUGGUGGCGGGUUUGGAGCUGGGCGAGCCGCCGGCGCAGCUGGAGGCACAGGGUCCUGUCUACCUGUGCACCGAGAGCAGCCUGCGGCCCCUGGAGUAUGGCUGGCUGCGGGCGCCAGAGCCGCCAAGGGAGAGCGAUUACAUGGUGCUGCCACGCCGCAGCCUGCAGCCCUUCCAGCGCGAGGAGGGGCCCAGCACUGAGGAAGGGACCCCCCGUCCCACCGGGGCAGGAGAGGGGGAUUCCUACCCCGGCUUUGUCUCGGUGGAGCACGUCAACGUGAACCUGAGCCAGCCCUACGGGACGGUGAAGCACCCCUACGGGCUGCAGUUCAAGCAGCACCCCACGGUGCGGCAGAUCCUGGCGUCGGAGCUGUCGGAGCGCAGCCGCACCAUGCCGCGCACCGUGCCUGGCUCUGCCAUGAAAGUGGGGUCCCUGGAGAGGAAGAGGUUGCGGUACUCCGACCUGGAUUUCGAGAAGGUGAUGCACACUCGGAAGCGUCACUCUGAGCUCUAUCAUGAGCUCAACCAGAAGUUCCACACGCUGGACCGGUACCGGGCGCCAGCUGCCGGCACCAUCAAGCGAGAAAAGCGAUGGAGCGUCUCAUCAGGUGGUGGGGAGAAGAGCGUGGCCGCUGACCCGCAGCCGCCGGCCGCGCCGCCCAAGCCCUGGAGCACAUUCAAGGCGAUGACUCUGGGCUCGCUGCCCAGCGCUCACCGGGACCGCCUGGAGCUGCGCUGUGCGGACUGGGAGGGCCCCUGCGCUGGUCUGGAUGCGGCCGAUGGGGACUUCCAGACGGAGGUGUGAGCCCCGCGCAGGACCAGCUCGGACGCUGUGUUACUCCGUCCUCCUCUGCGCCCGGGGGGAUCCCAGCCGUCGGAGCCAUCCCCGCGGGGGGACCGCGCACCCCACAC